CAGCGGCAACCGCCGUCUCAGGCGGCCAUGGCGGCAUCCGUGAAGCGUCCGUGAGUCCGUGAGGUGAGGGGGGUCGUGAGGAUAACAAGUAAAAAGCACAAAAUGUCGCUGGAUCAAGAAUUUAUGCUAUGCAAUAUAAAGACGUGUCGCAGUAAGAUUUCAGGUUUUGCAUGGGUAACAUCCUGUUCACAUAUAUUUUGUGAUGAAGAUGGAGCUAAAGAGUUUAAUAAAUCUUUAACAUGUCCAGCGUGCAAUACUGAUGUUUCUGGAAAGUAUGAUAUUGUUCGCCAUGAAGUUGAUCCUCCUGAAGAAUACAAAUCCAUGGUUCUCUCUGGGUUAAGACCAGAUAUAAUACUUGAAAUAUGUUCACGAGCUAUGUCGUUUUGGACUUCUCAGGUCCAUCAAGAACUUUUAUUUCAGGAACAUGUCAACAGCAAAGCAAAAACCCGGAUGUCACAGGUUUUAAAGCACUACAAACAACAGAUUCAGGAUAUGACCAUGGAGAUUUCCAAUUUAAUACAGGCGAUAUCUAUUGUGAAGAAGAAACAAAAAACGUAUAAAGCACACUACAUUGAAGCAUCUGAGAUGUUACUGAAGAAAAACAAGCAGCAUCAGAAGCUGCAUUAUAUGUGUGAACAACAGCGCCGACACAUUUGGACUCUUGCUAACAAGCAGAAGAUUGCGAGACAACAUUCUGAGGAAAAGACAAGUAUCCCACCAGUCGGGAGAGGAGAUGCGACCAAUUUAAAACACUGCUGUUCACACAAUGCAAUAUGCUGAUCCAUUGCAACCAGAGAAACCUUAUGGUUCUAGAAAAUAAUAUGAAUUCUCAAUAUUUCAACAAAAUAAAAAUACAAAGACUACACAUGUAAUGUAUAUGUAUGUAUCAUUUGUUACUCCUCAAUAGGUUAUUUAUAUUCCUAUGUAAUGAACCUGGAAAAGCCAAGUUUGUAUCACUAUAUUUAUCAUUGUUUUGGUAGUAAAGUUUAACUUUAUAUUUAUAGUGUCAGUUUCCCGCAAACUAGAUGUAUUAAUACAAAAAUAAUCAGCCAUGAAGACAUUUUCCAAGCUGUCCCCAUCUUCCAUGGUCCUGCAAAUGAGCUUUUCAGGCAUCUAUUCUUCCUUAACUCGCAUUACAAAGGAGUCUCGACCACUAGCCAUCAACCCUUCUCGCAACAUUUUAUGCCCAAAUCCACUUUUAGAAUCAGAAUAUCCUGGAGGAAUCCGAUGAGCUAUACAGCUCUUUUUCACAGGUCAGCGAGUUUUGUUCAAUGUGUUGUUUUUGUCUCUAUGAUACCAUGUAUGCUGCUUCGUGGACUAUUCAGCGUUGUUACAUUUUCUUCAUUAAUGUUCAUGUUUUCCUAU